ACCAAUCGGUAAUAGGCGGGUAAGAUUCAAAACAACAAUGGCGGCAGAGCGAGGUGUCGCAUUACUGGAACAGACCAACCCUUCUCACCUGAAACCAUGCGAUUCCACAGAGGUGCAGGAAGCUGGAGAGGGAGAGAUUAUGACAUCCUAUUUAAUGGACUGCAGGCGAAAACAGAAGCUUAUGUGUCAGCAGCUUUGUGUGUUGGAUGGUAUGAUGAAACUGCUGGCAGGUAUGGAGUCAGCAGAACAGUUCCUGAAUGAGCCAUGUCCACCUCAUCCAGGUGGAGAGGCCCGUGCUGCGUGGAAAGCUUUGAAAGCUGACUAUCAGCAGCAAGUUCAGGAAGUGGAGGGUCUAAUACUCACGCUGGACGAGCGUAUGAAUGAACUGCACAGUAAACGUCAGAGACUGGAAGCUUUGCUGAUAGCACUGGAGAAAAAAAAGGAGGAGUGCAAGGAAAAGGAAAGAACUGCAGCAAAACGGAAGCAGAGAAAUGAAAUCCAGCUCAGUUUGCAGCUAGAUGAUUCUCUGCAGGCAGCCCAGAAUGCUUUGAGAGCUUGUGAAAGGCGUCGUACUGAGCUCAAAGUUGAAGUUGAGGAGCAGCUGGCACGCUUGGCUGAUUGGACAUCUUAUAGAGACAGGUUGAGGGAUGUAAUAGCAGCCACUCAAGCUAAUAUGGAGUACAGGCUGCUGUCGGUCAGCCCCUCUGAGCUGUGUCUCGAGCUUGUGCCCCACUCUACCCAGCAGUCCCUGCAGCCUCUACGUCUCUCUGUCACUAUGACCCCGAACGAUGGCUUCAAACUCCAGGUGUUUCAGGGCACCGCAGGUCUAUCAGAGGAGUCAGUAGAAGGCCCUGUUAGGCAGCUGAGUGCUGCUCUACUGGAGGUGAUGCAGCGCUACAUCAGUCAAGGAGAGAUGCUUGCUGAGAUCCAGGCUCUGCACUCCAGGUAUGCCAUUGACUGGUGCCCAGCUAAGCGGCUGCUAAUCUUCCUGAAGUCUGCCACCACAGUGUGUCACCUGGAGCUGGGAGAGGGUUACCCGUCUGCAGGGAGAGCCAAACUACUUUCUGUACGCAAAGACGGCAACCUGCUGGAUCUUGCCACACUGCAGCCUCCUGUGGUGAAUCCUGUGCUAACAGACUGGCUUGAGUUCCUCUCCUCCAAUCCGGAUUUUUGAGCACCAACUUCAGUUCCAGUCAAGGCAGGUGGAGAAGGGUCCUCAGCACCGAAUAGAGUCUAUUCAAAUAAAUCUAAAACAGACAAUGAGUCAAUUGUGUUAGUGAAUACUGAAAUUAACUAUUUCUUUGUCUGUAUGUGAAAAAUUUCUAAGUGUUCAUAUUUCAUGAUUCUAAAUUAACAGUCUUGUUUCAUUUGUCUUGUCUUGUUUGUAUUUCUGUAUGUGUCUGUAUGUUAUUAUUGUUUCUGUGUGUUUUUCCUGUAUAAUAAACUCAUUUAUAUUGGGGGGAAAAUGUCCGGCCUUUGACUGUUUAAAAUAUCACAUGACUAAAUAUAUAACUAGAUUAAAUACAGUGUUAGCUCAAUAAAUCAAGUUUUUGUUUCAAUA